UACACAGAUGAGUGGGAUCAUAGUAGAGAAUGAAGCCCAUUUUAUAGUGUUCAAACUCACAGGCAUUGGACUCACACUAAAAUGGGAUGGCCAGAAUUUUGUGGGUGUUGGUGUAACAGAGAGUCUGUGGAACAGGUCCGCAGGACUGUGUGGGCUGCUGGAUGGCAGAAUUGAAAAUGACUUUACGAGUAAAGAUGGUUCUUCAGCACAUAGUAUUUCUUCUUUUAUCAAUAGCUGGAAGGUUAAAGCACUGGAAGCUGAACAGUGUGCGUCGUCACCAGUAGAAACUCCUGCCUGUGGCAGAUACAACUUACAUCGUGAUGAGGAAAAGCAUUUUCAGGUUGAGAAUGCAGCCACAAAUUUCUGUAACAAACUUCUUCAGGAUCCUCGGUUUGCAGCUUGCAGGGCUGUUGUGGAUGUGAAACCGUAUUAUGAAGCUUGCAAAUGGGACUACUGUGCCUGCAAUCAGUCGAACUCCAAACGAAAUGAAUGUGCCUGUCAGUCAUUUGCGGUGUAUGCAAAGGUGUGCAGCCAACAUAGCGAAACAACAGCCAUCAAGAAUUGGAGAGAUGAUUCUACAUGUCCUAUGCAUUGCACUGGAAGUCGGGUGUAUUUCCCUUGUGGGCCAAGUUCACAAGAAACUUGUAGGUCAGUAACUUCAGUAGCCAUGACAUCAGUCACACAGUCCUGUGAGGAGGGGUGUUACUGCCCUGUGGGCACAGUGAUCCAUGACCAGCAAUGCGUUUCACGAGAACAGUGCCCGUGUCAGUUGCGUGGGAGGAUGUUUCAACCAGGAGAGAAGGUUAUAAAGGAUUGUAACACAUGCACGUGCGUUAGUGGACAGUGGUCAUGCACACAAGUAAACUGUGGCGGUCGAUGUGGAGCCAUUGGCGAUCCCCAUUAUGUGACAUUUGAUGGGAAACGCUUCAAUUUCAUGGGGAAAUGCUCUUAUCACCUCAUGAAAGGAGAUAAUUACAGCAUAGAGGCAGAAAAUGUGGCUUGUGCAGGUGCCAUCUCAGAGGCAAUGAAUUUCCUUCCUGUGAGCAGUUCUGAAUAUCCUUCUUGUACAAAAACUGUUACUAUUCAUCUUGAUGAACACAGCAUUAAGUUGAAACAAGGACGCGAAGUGUUAGUCGAUGGACAGGAAGUGUCCAAGUUACCUUUCACAGCUGCCGGUGCUUACAUACACGUCGUCUCUUCCAUAUUUCUUAUCGUGGAUCUACCAAAUGGUCUGCAAAUUUGGUGGGAUGGAAUAACUCGUGUCUACAUUGAUGCACCAUCACGUUUUCAAGGAAACACCAAGGGCCUGUGUGGAACAUUUAAUCAGAAUCAGAAUGAUGACUUUCUGACACCAGAAGGUGAUGUGGAACAAGAUGUAGUGGCAUUUGCUAAUAAGUGGAAGACAAGUGAAGUCUGUCUUGAUGUUCUGGAAAGUGAGGCAUCUAGCCAUCCCUGUGAUAUCAAUGCACACAACAGAGCCACUGCUGAGAAAAGUUGUUCAAAAUUGAAAGGAUCAUUGUUUGAAGGAUGCCACUGGUUUGUCGACCCAGAGCCAUAUUAUCAGGACUGUCUGUAUGACCUUUGUUCUUGUCAAUUGAAGAUUUCGCAGUGUUUGUGUCCCAUAUUUGCAGCAUAUGCGAAGGAAUGUGCCCACAAGGAAAUUCUUAUUGAUUGGAGAAGUGACAUAAGAGAAUGUGGAAUCCAUUGUCCUGGUGGUCAGGUGUACCAAAUAUGUGGAAAUACUUGCACACGCUCCUGUUAUGACAUCUCGCAGAAUCCACAGUGCAGGAGGCAAUGUGUUGAGGGCUGCAAUUGUCCUGAAGGGCAAACCAUAGAUCCUACAAUAGGAGAAUGUAUUCCAGUGGGUCGUUGUGCCUGCCAGCAUGAAGGUGUGGAAUAUCCAGCUAAUUUCAAAGACGUUAGAGCAGGAAAUAAGGGACUAGAACUUUGUUUGUGUCGCAAUGCCGUGUGGGAGUGCCAGCCUGCAACUCCUCAGGAGUCUGAAGAGUUUCCUAAGACAGGAGCAAUGGUAGCUGGUUGUAGUCAUGUAGAAAACCAAGAAUUCACCACCUGUGAGCCUGUAGAACCUGUGACAUGCAAGAACAUGCACAGUCCUCCACAGUACAGCCCUGCCAUCUGUAGGACAGGCUGUAAAUGCAAGAAAGGAUAUGUGCUGGAUUCACACACGAGGAAGUGCAUUAAACCUACUGAGUGUCCUUGUCAUCAUGGUGGAAAGAGUUACGGAGAGGCCGAGACCAUGCAAGAAGACUGCAACACAUGCAAAUGUGAAUCUGGCAAGUGGUCAUGUUCAGAACGCGUGUGUGCUGGCGUAUGUACAGCCUGGGGUGACUCCCAUUAUAAGACGUUCGAUGGACGAAUCUAUGAUUUCCAUGGAAACUGUGACUAUGUUCUGGUGAAGGGAUCCCUUGGCUUUGAUGACAUAUUUGAUAUUUCCAUACAGAAUGUGCCGUGUGGAUCAAGUGGCAUCAGCUGCUCCAAGUCAGUCUCUCUGAGGGUGGGGUCAUCUGAAAAAAUGGAAAUAAUCACCUUUACUAGAGAGAAACCUGUUCCUUCACAUACAAGCUUAGGGAGAAUAACAAUCCGUGAAGCUGGUUUAUUUGUGUUUGCGGAGGUGUUUGACUUGGGUCUAGUUCUCCAGUGGGACAGAGGAACCAGAGUUUAUGUCAGAGCUGAUCCCAAAUGGAAGGACAGGCUGAAAGGUUUAUGUGGUAACUACAAUGAUAACCAGUUGGAUGACUUCCAAACUCCUUCUGGUGGUUUGAGUGAGGUGUCUGCAAGACUCUUUGGUGAUUCAUGGCGACUCCAAUCUUACUGUGCAGAAUCAGUUGAUAUUGCGGACACAUGUCUCAGUCAUCCAAACCGCAAACUGUGGGCUAUGAAGAAGUGUGGAGUAUUGAAGUCAUCUGUCUUCCAACCUUGCCACUCUGAGGUGCCACUGGAACCGUACCUUGAAAGGUGCAUUUUUGAUGCCUGUGGCUGUGAUUUGGGUGGUGAUUGUGAGUGCCUCUGCACGGCCAUUUCAGCGUAUGCUCAGGAGUGUAACGUAAGAGGUGCAAGUAUCAAGUGGAGGUCACAAGAGCUCUGCCCAAUCCAGUGCGAUGAGAAGUGUUCCCACUACAGCCCAUGUGUGCAGACCUGUCCAAAGCAGACUUGUGACAACUAUUUUAUUCAUAGUAAUCUCAAUAAGCUCUGUGGUGAAGAUGCGUGCGUGGAAGGUUGUGAAGUAACUCCGUGCCCUCCUGGCCAAGUUUUCAACAAUUUAACAUCACUGGAAUGUGUGCCUGUUGCUACCUGCAAGCCAUUCUGCAUGCAGAUUGGUGAUGUUAUCUACUAUGAGGGGGAUAUUAUACAGCAAGAUGACUGCCAUAAGUGUACAUGUUCUCAUCAAAAGAAAACAUGCCUUGGUCAGCCGUGUACUUCUAUAACAAGUACACCACCCACAACUGUAUUUGCAGCAACAACUACUGAAAUGAAAACGCAGAUUCCCAAAUGUACAGGAGGUUGGACAAAUUGGCUGAGCCGUGAUAAUCCAAAGUACGAAACAGGCGCAGACACUGAGCCACUUCCCACAGUUGGCCAGCUGAUAGCAGAACAAAGUCCAGCUGUCUGUAAUGUAACAGAAAUGAAGAGCAUAGAAUGCAGAGUUGUAGGAACGCAUCAGUUCUACAAAGACACUGGUGAGAAUGUGGAAUGCAGCAUAAUGAAUGGAGGGCUGAAGUGUGUUGGAGGAUGUCACAACUAUGAGAUCCGUGUCCUUUGCAAAUGUCCAAUUCACUGUGAUGUAAAUAAUCCAAACUCAAGAGAUGUUAAAGAUUGUCAUCGCUUCUACCACUGUAAAGACACUCUUGAGGGUCCUGAACUGGUUGAGAAGACAUGUGGUCCAUUCAUGAUGUACAAUCACGAGAAACAAGUGUGUGACUGGCCAGCGACUGUUAUAGGACUGAGGCCAGAAUGCGCAGCAAUCACACCUGAACUCACAACAGAAACUGCAACAACACCAACUUCUGAAACAACACCAGGGGAGUGCAAGUCAGGGUGGAGCCGUUGGUACGACACACCACGCAAAUCAAGUGGGGAUUAUGAAAGCCUGGACGAUUUGGAAUAUGAAGGAAAAUUACCCUGUAGAAGACAUGAAAUUACCGACAUUGAGUGCAAGUUCUACAAGAAUGUUACCAGAAAGACUGUGAAGGGUGGUCUCAAAACCAGGUCAGAGAAGAUAGACUACACACAGUCUGGUGACCAUGUGACUUGCAAACUGUCAUCGGGCUUGGAAUGUAACAAUGCGCAACAGAAAGAUGGGCUGUGUGAAGAUUACAUUAUUAGAGUCUUCUGCAGCUGUGAAGCAACCAGCUUUGUUAGCACACCUCCGUCAACUUCUUUUACAUCUCCUUGUAGUGAAGAUGAGGUGUGGAGUAGGUGUGUGGUGCCAUGUUCCCAAGUCUGCGUUUAUUACGAUUUUGCACUAAAAGGAAGUGGAUUCUGCACAAGUAUUGAAGACUGUGUCCCAGGUUGUGCACCUGCAAACUCAGCUAUUAAUUGUCCUCCCGGUUUCCUGUGGAGAGAUGCCGUCAGCUGCGUCAGAAUUGCCGACUGCACGUGCCGAUCUCACAGUGGUAAACCUAUCAAGCCUGGAUCUGUGGUCCAGGAAUCUGAGUGUGAGGUGUGCCAGUGCAUUGAUAACCAAUAUGAGUGUGAUACCUCAGCAUGCAACAGAACCGUUGCAACAACUGAAGCAAGUCCCAUAUUUGUCACUGAAACAGCAGCUACACAGACUGUUCCAGCUAAGAAUCUUGAAAAUAUUACUGCUACUCCUACUGUGACAUUGAAAACAACAGUUACUCCGCCCCAUCCAUGUGACAUAAACAGGAUCAACUACAUAAUUGAGGAAUUACCAGAUGUGAAAUUUAGUUCAGGUAAUACCCAGAGUCCACAUCAACACAGACUCCAAUACCUCACCCCAGAGUCUUCAGAUGUGGUUUGGAAACCUGUAGAUAACAAUAAGGACCAGUACUUGCAAGUCGAUUUGGGAACCCUGGAGCCAUUGUAUGGGACAGUUGUAUGGGGGAAUCCGAAAACGGAUGAGUAUGUUACCAGUUACAUGGUCUUAUACAGUGAUAAUGGGCAGCGCUAUAUGUACGUGACUGAUGCAGAGGAUUCACCAAUGAUUUUCCGAGGUCCUGCCGAUCACAAGAAGCAAGUAGUACAGCAGUUCUUCCAGCCAAUAGAGGCUCGUUACGUCAGAUGGAAUCCUCUCACAUGGCACAAUGCUAUUGCAAUGAAGGUGGAUUUGUUAGGCUGCGGGGAAUUGACAACAGAGGGUGCCACCAUCACAUCAGUAGGAUUCACAUCUACAUCAUAUGAAGUAUGCAGGGAUCAGAUGGGAUUAGAAAAUGGAAUGAUGGCUGACCAGCAAUUCACUGCUUCAUCUGUUUAUGACAAAGAUGAAAGAUUUGGUCCAGCAGAAGCAAGGCUAAAUGGGGAUACAUCAUGGGUACCUGCUACACACAAUCGCAAUCAGUGGAUUCAGUUUGACUUCUUUGAACCAAGGAACUUGACAGGAAUUGUAACACAAGGAAAUGAAAAUCUGAACAGUUGGGUUGAAACUUUUACUGUUCAGCACAGUCAUGAUGGAAAAGCAUGGAAUCCUAUCCAUGAGUCAACUACACAAUCAGAAAAGGUGUUUCUGGCUAACUUUGACAGUGUCACACCACACACAAACAUAUUUGACAGGAUCCUGCAUACACGUUACCUCAGGCUGUUCCCUGUAAAAUGGCACAAGAACAUUGCAUUGAGAGCAGAAGUGUUGGGAUGCUUUGAACCUUACCCAACACCACCAACCACCGAAGUUUCUUUUACCACUUCAACCCUACCACAAUGCAACCCUUGUCCUGGGUGGCACAGUGAAGAUCCUGUAGCUGCAGAACUAUGCCAGUGUCCACAGGGAAAGUUUUGGAAUGGAGAGUCAUGUGUAAAUCGAACAGAAUGCCCAUGCUAUGUGGGAUAUAUUUCAUAUUCGGUGGGAACAUUGUACGACUCACAAGAUUGCAAUGAGUGUAUCUGCAAGAUUGGAGGCAUUGGAAGCUGCAAGGAGAAAAUAUGUCCUCCAUGUGAUCAGGGUCUGCAGAGAGUACUGACUCCCUCUUGUGGCUGCAUUUGUAAGCCUUGUCCACCUAGUACAGUCCUCUGCCCAACAAGCAACAUUUGCAUUAAUGCCACAUCUUGGUGUGAUGGUUUGGAAGACUGCCCUGAUGAUGAGAGGGACUGUACUACACCAACCGUCCCAACUACCAUUUCUACAUCAGCAGCAACCAUCCCAGUUCCGGCAUGCCCACCAAUGAUAUGCCCAGAAGGAUUCAAAGUGGUCUUAAAGAAGGACACGCAGUUAAAGAACCCAGAAGAGUCCUCAAUAAUAUUCAAAGACAGGUUCAAAGGUGUGAAGGGUGGAAAUAAGGGUGGUGUUAAGACAGUCCUACCAAAACCUCUGAAACUUUCAAAAGGAAACUUGUGCCCAGAUUUUGUGUGCGUACCUAUAAAAGAAUGCACUGUUCUGAAAUGUCCGCCUAACUUCAUGGUUCAUAUUGUCAAGGAAAAGAAUAAUGUUAAACUUAAAUGCCCCAUAUAUACUUGCGUUCCACCUUUGCCUCCACGUGCGUCUUGCAACAUCACAGGACGAACCUUCCACACGUUUGAUGGUACGGAGUUUAAGUAUGACGUCUGUAACCACAUCUUGGCAAGGGACCUUCAGAAUGACAACUGGGAUAUAUCAGUGUACAAGGAUUGUCCAGAAGUGAAUGUUGCGUGCACACAGCAUCUUGUUAUAAUACAAGAUGAACAUGAGAUCAGACUUCAUCCAGACUUGAGCGUGGAUUUCAACGGCUACAAAUAUAAUGUUGAACAGUUACAGAAAAUUGGCUCACAGUUGAAACAGUCCUUCACAGUGUCGCGCAUGGGUGACACUUUGCUCUUCCAGUCACGACGCUACGGUUUCCAGGUCAUGUGGGAUGCAAAGGAAAGCAUAAAGUUAUCUAUUCCUGGUAAAAUGUCUGGCCAUGUAGAUGGACUGUGUGGAUUCUUUAAUCGGAAUAUGAAGGAUGACAAAAUGAAGCCUGAUGGAAAACUUGGAAGAACAACAGCUGAAUUUGCAGACAGCUGGGUUAAUUCUUACCUUGAAGCAAAAUGUAAACCACUUUCGUGCCCCCUCAGUCUCCAGGAAAAGGCUCUGCAUAUUUGCUCUCUUGUCAGGGAGCCACUGUUUGCUCAGUGUAGAGGAGUAGUGAGUGUGGAGAAAUAUAUUUCAUACUGCAUUGAGACAGCAUGCUCAUGUCUGCAAGCUGCCAACUCAACAGAGGCUGGCUGUCGAUGUCAGGCACUCCUUGGCUUUGUAACACAGUGCACGGCUGCUGAGUCUAGUGUCGAUUUGUCUUCCUGGCGAGUGCAGCAUGAUUGUCCGGCAUCCUGCCCACCACCUCUUGUGUUCCAUGAUUGUUUCCAACGAGAGUGUGAACCAAACUGCAAUGGCAUGAAGGACAGAAAUCAGUGCCCAUCCAUGCCUGGUACUUGCAUUCCAGGCUGCUUCUGUCCUGAUGGUUUAGUGCGUAAAGGAGACAAGUGUGUGAAGCCCAUCGAGUGUCGUGACUGUGUGUGUGAUGGAUUUGGCGAUCCUCAGUACUUAACAUUUGAUCGUUCGAACUAUACGUUUAAUGGAAACUGCACUUAUGUUGCUGCCAGAGAUGUUAAUCCACAUGGAAAACAUACAUUCCAGGUUUUUGUAACCAAUGUCCAGUGCAGAGAUGAACCGAUUUCAACGUGCACUAAGGCCGUGUUGGUUGAGUACGAAGGUCACAAAAUUCACAUACAGAGGAAAGAAGGAGAUAACAGACAUGAGCUGAAAGUAUCUGUUGAUGGAAAUUUGGUAAACAAGUUCCCAUUGGUUAAUGACUGGCUGCAGCUGGAAGAAGUUCCAGGAACGGAAGUGACUGUGCUGAUACCACAGAUUCAGCUGGAAGUUACGUACUUUUUCCAUAACUUUGCAUUUGUUGUACGCCUGCCAUCACAUACUUACGGACAUAAGACAGAAGGACUCUGUGGUAAUUGCAAUAGUGGCAACAAGGAUGACUUCACAACAAGGAAUGGAACAGUUACCAGAGACAUAGAUGAAUUUGGUAAGAGCUGGCUACAUCCACUUCCAUCAGAAACAGGGUGUACUGUGAUCCCACAACCUGCCGAAUGCAUGCCGCCGCCGCCAGACGUCGAUCCGUGUUUCAAGAUCUUGGAUGAAGAAAGGUUUGGGGAGUGCUACCCACUGGUGGAUCCUUACCCAUAUGUGGCUGCAUGCCAGUAUGACAGAUGUCACAGUAUAGACAAAGAGACUUCUUCAUGCCGUGACUUAGAAGCAUACACUAGAGCAUGCACGGAAGCUGGACUCUGCCUCAACUGGCGGACAAACGCUUCCUGUCCAUAUACGUGUCCAGAAGGUUUUGUGUAUCGAGCUUGUGGUCUUGGCUGCCGCCAGACUUGUGACUCUAGGUCUUGUGAUCUUAGUCAAGUAGAUGGCUGCUUCUGCCCAGAUGGUCAGGUUCUCAUCAGUGGCGUCUGUAAAGAUAUCAAGCAUUGUUUCCCAUGUGACGAGGAAGGACAUCUUCCGGAUCAGAUAUGGAAUCCAGACAACUGUACAGCGUGUACCUGCUCAAAAGAUGGAAAGGUCGCAUGUUUAAAAACUGAAUGUCCAGCCGUUGAGACAGUGUGUGAUGAAAAUAUGAAUGCUAUACCAGUGCCUGGUACAGAGGAUGACUGUUGUCAAAAGUAUAUCUGUGUUCCACCACUGACCUCUCCCCAGCCCACUGAAGUGCUUUGCCCAGAAGUCCAGAUACCAUUGUGCCAAGACGAUCAACAAGUGCAAACCACCAUAAGUCCUCAGGGCUGCACGAAGUUUGUCUGUGCUUGCAAACCUUGUGAGCCUCAGGAGGAAGGAACGGAAGAUAUAGCUGCUGAAGUAUAUCCAUUAGGUUUGGAAGGUUCUGAAAUAAAUGAUCAACCUCGCAUUCCGCAUAGAGGUCAUGGCUGGGUUCAGGUGAACGAUACAAAAGGAUGCUGUCCGAAGAUGAAGUGGGUGUGUCAACAAGACAAUUGUCUUAAACCUAAGCCUUGUCAACAAUACUACGAUCUUGAGGAGCUUCCAGUACCUAAAGGAGAAUGUUGUCCACAAUUUAAAUGUGAGACUCCAAAGGAUAAAUGUGUGUAUGAAUAUAAGUACAUAUCUGAUGUUGUUGGUGGUGAAAGACCUCGAAAAACAGAAGAAAUUUAUACUUCUUCCUUGCAGCCUGGCUCCCACUGGAGUGAUGGUCCUUGUCGUACCUGUACUUGUGAGGGCAAUGCAGCAGGCAGCCACCAUCCUGUGUGCAAAGUUCAGACCUGUUCUGACAUCUCAAAUGAAAAGGAAGCAACAGAAUAUGAACUUGAAAAAGUUCUGGUACCCAACCAGUGCUGCCCCAGUAUUGUGAGGACAGCUUGCAAAGAGGGUGAUACAGUUCACAAGGUGGGCUCAGAGUGGCCGUCACCAGUUGGUGAUCCAUGUGAAACAUACACAUGUGAAGCAGUUGCUGGUUCAGUACAAAAGGUGCAGAGGGUUCAGAAGUGUGACAUUGACUGUGAACUGGGUUUUGAGUAUGUGGAACCUCCAGCAAACAAAUGCUGCGGUCAUUGUCGCCAGUUUGCUUGCGUGGUCAAUGGUAUCUUGAAGGAGGCAAAUUCCAACUGGACAUCAGCUGACCUGUGUACAACCAAUUUCUGCUUGCUUCAUAAUGGAUCUCAUGUGGUCCAGUCAGUGACACAGAAGUGUCCUCUUCCUCCACCUGAACUGGAAGCAGAAUAUGUGAUAAAUGAAGAACCUGUUCCACACCAGUGCUGCAAGAAGUUAGUUCCAGUUGCCUGUAGAGCUCAUAACCGCACUUACAAGGAAGGCGAGACAUGGCCAUCACCUGAUGGAGAUCCUUGCAAGAAUUUGAGUUGCUUAAAAGACCAGGAUGGACAGAUAAGGAAGGAAGAUAAAACACAAGUCUGCAAUACUGAAUGUGCUGUGGGCUGGCAGUACGUACCACCGCAUUCUGGUUCUCGUCACUGCUGCGGAAAGUGUGAGCAGGUUGCCUGUGUUGUUGGCAAUGAACUUCACAGGCCUGGAACAGAAUGGUUAUCAGCUGACGGAUGUCUGACCCACAGCUGUAGCAGUAAUUUCACUGUGACAACCAUGAUGCCGGUAUGUCCAGAAUUAAAGUGUUCUCCUGAAAAUAUAUAUACGGAUGGCUGCUGCAAACGAUGCAAUAUGACUGGUGAAAAUAGGGGUCCGUUGUGUGAAGCAGAAACAAUACCACCAAAGAACACAGUGGGAUUAAUCACUUUUGUCAAAGAACCUUAUGGCAAGUGUACCAACACGCACGAAAUCCGCGGCUUUACCGAGUGCAGUGGAAACUGUGACUCACGCACCGUCUACAAUUCAAAGACUGGCUUACAUGACAGCAGGUGCGACUGUUGCAAACCCACGAAACUGCGUCACAUGAAUGUGACACUUAUCUGCGAUGAUGAGACGCGCCACAAUUUGCCAGUCUCAGUGCCAACUGAAUGUUCCUGCACAUUAUGUACUGGAUCCGAUCAUACACACGGCAGCAGUCCAGGAAAGAAUCCAUUAAUCAUGAAGGGAGCCGAAGCAUAAAAAUUGUUUCCUGAAGUACAAUAUAGCAUCAAACGCUUCUUGAAUGUGUUUCCUUAAUCUGUUAAAAGAUGUAUAUUUUUUAACAUAUGAGAUCAUUUGUUGUUUUAGCUUACACUGUUUUAGGGUAACUGGAAAAACAUGGUUCUGAAAGAUUUAGUUGUAACAGUAAUUAAAUACAAUGAAUGGUUGUCAA